CGCCUUUGGCUUACACUCUACCCCGCCAGUGCAGAUCUGCGACCUCUCGGACCCAAUGUACGUCGAGCCCUGCCCACGAGCAGCUGUGGGCGCCCCUCCCUUCUCGCUUCUCGGCUGCCUAGGCUCUCUAUGUGUGUAACCUUCCCGGGCCGCCGCAGAACUCAGGCCCCCAGGACACGAGCGGAAUCACCGAGGUUAAUUGCAGAAGCCAGGUUGGAAACUUCAAGUCAAGAAGGGUCCACACUAGAGAUCUUGACUGUUAAAAAAAAAAAAAGAGAGAGAGAGAGAGAGAAAAGCAUUAAUAAAUGCCGAAAUGUCAGACUCUUCACCAUUCAGAAUGCAGCUAGUACACUUGGACCUUAAAGGAGCUCCCCCCAAGGUCUUGUACCUGGCAGAGAUCUUCCCUCUCUUCCAUGCCCUUGGUGCCAAUGGCAUCCUCAUUGAAUAUGAAGACAUGUUUCCCUAUGAGGGCCCUCUACAGCUUCUGAGAGCCAGGCACGCCUACAGCCCCUCUGAGAUCAAGGAAAUUCUUCAUCUGGCCAAGCUACAUGAGUUAGAGGUUAUUCCCCUGGUGCAAACAUUUGGACACAUGGAAUUUGUUCUGAAGCAUGAGCAGUUUUCCCACCUCCGGGAAGUAGAGCUGUUUCCAAAUGCCUUGAACCCCCACAAGGAAGAAUCCCUGGCAUUAGUGGGUACAAUGAUCAAUCAAGUAAUGGAGCUUCACAGAGGCAUUCGAUGGUUCCACAUAGGAUGUGAUGAGGUAUAUUACCUUGGUGAAGGGGAGAUGUCUAAACAGUGGCUGCAACAGGAACAAAACAGUAUGGUAAAACUGUGUCUGACCCAGAUGAAAGCAGUUGCCAGCCAUGUGCUCAUCCACCACCCCAAUGUGAAGCCCAUUGUAUGGGAUGACAUGCUCAGGGGUAUUAGUGAAGAAUGUCUUACAGAAUCUGGAAUAGCACAGCUGGUGGAGCCAAUGAUCUGGGACUACAUUGAGGAUAUGGAUGUACAUGGAAAGGUUCUCCUCAUGGAUAAGUACAGGAAAUGUGGUUUCCCUAAACUGUGGGUAGCCAGUGCUUUUAAAGGUGCCACAGGGGUGAAUCAGUCUUUGACCAUUAUUGGCCAUCACCUCAAAAAUAACAUCCAGUGGUUGAAAGUGGCAGACAGUGGACCUGCUGAGAUGCUGCAAGGAAUCGUUCUAACUGGUUGGCAAAGGUAUGAUCACUUCUCUGUUCUCUGUGAGCUGCUCCCUGUGGGAAUCCCAUCCCUAGCAGUAUGUCUGCAGGCACUGAAACAUGGAGGUUACACUGACAAUGUUAAAAAAAUAGUGGAGAAGUACCUAGGGAUGCCAAAUUUGGAAAUCAACUGUUUUAUGAGUGAAAGCUCUGGGACAUUCCCUGGCAGUGAUGUCUUUGCCCUGGUCACUCAGGUCAGCUUUCACCUAAGGCGCUCUGUGGAUGAACUGCUAGAAAGGAACAGGUAUGUGACAGGCUGGUUCAGCCCCUUCCACCGCAAGAGGAAGAUGAUUCACCCAGUUAUGAUCCAGCACAUCCAGCCAGAUGCCAUAAGUCUCCUAACCAGGUGGAAUACUAUCAUCCAAGAGCUGCAGGCCGCACUUGAGAGAAUUUUCUACCCAGAUGCAGUAGAGGAAUGGCUGGAAGAAAACACCCAUCCCACCAUGCAGAAGCUACAGCAGCUGUUGCAAGAUCUGCAUGCAGCAAUAGCAGCUCAGUCUUAACACUUUUGCCAUGGAAGUGACCCAUCUUAUGUGGAAGGCUUAGCCACUGCUAACCCAGUGGGGAUUCUUACAUAUGGCUAAGGCCACUCAUUUACCACAUGAAAGUAGUGCUGAGGAGAGGGGAACAGAGUUGAGAGUGUUCCUGUGGGUGUGACUGAAAAAUCUAAUACCAGGACAAAAUCUGAAGAAACACUGAUAUGAAGGCAUGAUACUGGAUCUUGUGUUUAAAACUAUUACCAUGAGAGGAUGAAGCAAAAUUUAUUAUGCCACAAGUGAAUCCAAAAAAUUAGAGGUGGCAAUCAUAAUAAUCUACAAGGCAGCAAUAAAAAGAUAGCAAAAGCAAAAAAGAUAUCCAGGGAAAUUACAUUAUGCUUCAAGGCAUUAUAAAUAAAUAAUGUUAAUACUGAAAUUAUUGCACAAAAAUAGUAUAGCAUUCAAAUACUUGAAGAAAAAAUAAUCGAAUUAUAGGGUAAAAUAGACAAUGUACUAUAAUAGUUAGGGACCUCAAUGUGUCCCUUUCCACUCUAGACAAAUCUAACAAAAAGAUAAACAAGAAAGACCCUGAAAAAAAUUAGAAAAAUCUAGAUGAGAACAGAAAAGAAUAUUUCUCAAUUCUGCAUUUCUCUUUCUGGUAACAGAACACUAGGGUUUGGAGUUGGCUUCUUUGUUUCAGAAGCAAUUAUGUAGCCAAUAGAGUUAAAACUAAGCCUCUGGCAAGCUUGUGGAAGUCUACUGACUCUUUCAGCAACUACCCAAGAAUAUUCAUCAUUUUUUGUUAGGGAGAAAAGGUAGAUUAUUUUUAAAAAGCACAACUGCUGGCCAACUUUUUCAGUGUUAUAAAGGUAGUCACCAAAGUCAAUGAACCAUUCCUUCUGAAUGUGGCUGCGAAAUCACUAAAUAUAUAAGGAUAAGCCAACUCCAAAUCCAACUGGGGAAAGACUGAAAGCAGAAAGGAACUCUGCAGCUCUCAGCAAUCUACACACAAUUUGAGAGUUUCACUGAAUGGCAUGAGAAUGUUUAAAACACCAAUACCUUUUUUGUCAUUUCCAUACAAAAGAAUACCUGGUCAAGUAUAAAUCCUUUUGUGUUUCAGUAGCAAUAAGAUACCAUCUAAUUAACUGAAAAAGAAUACUAAAGAUGGUUAAGAAAGAAUAACUACAGCAAUCAUACAGAAAUGUCAUGAUAUUGUUGAAAAGCAUAAUUCAAAGUCAGUCAAUAAACAUUUAUUAAGCACAUUUAUUAUGCACCAG